CCGACAACACACGGACGAAGACGGACAGAACCAACACGGACGGACACAGACAGACAAAACACAGAAGAAGAAGGACAGAACCAACACGUACGGACACGAAUGGACGAACCACGGGCAGUCAAAGUUAGAAAGGAAAAAUGAAAGGAAAAAAAAGUAAAAAUGGAUAGGAAAAAGUAAGGAAAAAAACGAUUACCCCCUUAUAUGCGUAUAGGGCCAUCAAAACACGGAUAGGCAAGUCUUUUGUUCCAAACCCUAGUUGGAACUUUUGUCUGUCCGUCUUCGCCCGUGUUUUGUCUGUCCGCCUUCGUCCGUGUUUUCUGUCCGCCGUCGUCAGAGUUUUGUCUGUCCGCCUUCGUCCGUGUUUUGUAUGUCCGCCAUCGUCCGUGUUUUGUCUGUCCGCCUUUUCACUGGAUCGAUUGCAUACAACCCCAUCGAUUUUACUUCAUUCCCAAACCCGUUCCAUGAACAGGCCGUUUCGGUGCUACACUCGAGUGUGGCACCAAAAUGGACAUUCGCAUUAAACUUUCCGGAGUCGAUUACCUAA